GGGACUCGAGCCAUGGAGGAGACACCGCCCCCGGGCUGCAGCAAGCCGCACCUGGAGAAGCUGACCCUGGGGAUCACCCGCAUCCUAGAAUCUUCCCCAGGUGUGACAGAGGUGACUAUCAUAGAGAAACCACCUGCUGAACGUCAUAUGAUUUCUUCAUGGGAACAAAAAAAUAACUGUGUGCUACCUGAGGAUGUGAAGGAUUUUUACCUGAUGACCAAUGGCUUCCACAUGACAUGGAGUGUGAAGCUGGAUGAGCACACCAUUCCAUUGGGCAGCAUGGCAAUUAACAGCAUCGCAAAACUGACUCAACUCAACCAGUCUUCCGUGUAUUCACUCCCAAAUGCACCAACCCUGGCAGACCUGGAGGAUGAUGCACUUGAAGCCAGUGAGAACCAGCCAGAGAAGCCUCACUCUGAUUCUCGCAGUGUGAUAUUUGAGCUGGAUCCUUGCAAUGGGAAUGGGAAGGUUUGCCUUGUCUACAAAAGAGGGAAACCAGCGUUAGCACAAGACGCUGAGAUCUGGCUCCUGGACAGAGCGUUGUACUGGCAUUUUCUCACCGAAUCCUUCACUGCUUACUAUCACCUGCUCAUCACGCACCUGGGCCUGCCACAGUGGCAGUACGCCUUCACCAGCUAUGGCAUUAGCCCACAGGCCAAGCAGUGGUUCAACAUGUAUAAACCCAUCACCUACAACACAGACCUACUUGCAGAAGAGACCAACUGCUUCGUGAACAAGCUGGAUCCCAGCAAAGUGUUCAAGAGCAAGAACAAGAUCUUAAUCCCCAAAAAGAAAGGGCCAGUCCAGCCUGCAGGUGGCCAGAAAGGGCCCCCGGGUCCUCCCUCCACCUCUAAAUCCUCUUCUAGCCCUGGAAACCCUGUCCGGAAAUGAGCACCCCAACCUCCCCGCCAGCCCUACAGCAACGAUUUCCAGGCACGGAUGGCCCAAGCCUCAGAUUCUGUGAGUGGCACCAUAGGCCUUUUCCCAUCUGCGUGAGCCAA